AUGCAUAUAUACAUUCUUUCGGCAGCUACCGUGUUCCUGUUCUACACCAUAUGGUCCCAACCCAAGUCUAGGCUGCCACAUUUUGAUGAGACUCUAAGAGAGCUAUCUUUUGGUGACAUCAACUUCUUGCAUACCACAGACACGCAUGGGUGGUAUCUGGGGCAUCUCAAUCAGAGACAGUACUCGGCUGACUGGGGCGAUUUCUUAAGUUUCACUACCCGUCUUCGAGGCAUUGGUCAUGCUCGCAACUUUGAUUUGUUACUUAUUGACACCGGGGAUCGCCAUGAUGGCAAUGGACUAAGUGAUCUGACCAACCCAAACGGCUUGUACUCCUCAGACGUUUUUAUGGAGCAAGAUUAUGAUAUUGUGACAGUCGGUAACCACGAAUUAUACGUCGCAGCAGUGAGUGAGCUGGAGUACAAUACUGUUGUACCUCGCUACGGAGAUCGCUUUAUCAGCACAAAUGUCGAGUAUCUCAACAACGAUGGUGAAUAUGUUGUUUUUGGCAACAGAAAAUAUAGGUACUUUACCACGGAGGUCAAGAAAUACAACAUCUUUGCUCUCUCUUUUAUGUUUGAUUUCAAGGGAGGCAACGAGAAAGUCAGAGUCACACCUAUUGACACAGUUGUCAAAGAGGACUGGUUCUUGGACUUGCUUGAGACACACACCAAAAAACCUGUGGAUCUAGUUCUUGUUGCCGGACACAUUCCAGUCAGUCAUAGCUGGCAGGAACUAUACAUAUUGCAUGGCGUCUUGCGGACAUACUUCCCCGACACUCCGAUCCAGUACUUUGGCGGCCAUUCGCAUAUUAGAGACUUUACCCUGCUAGAUGACAAAGCUUUCGCUUUGCAAAGUGGAAGAUACUGCGAGACCGUGGGAUUCAUGUCUCUGAGCAAUAUUAAAGGUGAUAACAUCGCAAUUGACAGAAAAUAUAUUGACUUCAAUCUCCAGUCAUUCCUCCAUCAUACGAAAAAGGCUACCAUUGAAGAGUUCAAUACUGAGGAAGGCCUGCUGAUUUCGGAGAAGCUGAUGAAUUACAGCAACAUCUUGAAUCUGGGUGAGUCUUUCGGUGUGGUGCCCCAGAAUUAUUAUAUGACGGGAGCAGAUUACUAUUCAAACGAUUCGAAUAGCCUGCUUCGUUUUUUUGAGACAGACAUCCUUCGAGAGCUGAAGCCAAAAAUCUGUCACGAGAACAUGGAUCCGAUAUCGCCUCCACUGUCCAACUCAAGAAUUGUGCUAAUCAAUACUGGCUCUAUCAGAUACGACCUCUACAAGGGAGAUUUUAACAGGAACUCGCAAUUCAUUGUUUCACCGUUCAAAAACAAAUGGAAAGUUCUUCAAAAUGUCCCUGCCAAAAUAGCACAUCGCAUCCAGGCAAUUCUGAACAAAGGGCCCUACAUUUUUGAGAACGAGAUCGAUGGCACUAUUGACUUGGAGGGGCUCCUUUCUCCGUACCAACGCGAAAUAAACUCAAGGAUGUUGACUCUCAAACUCCGCUAUGGGCAGACGACAACUGAUGAUCUUGGCAAUGAUGGCGAUGACACCAUCCACCGUCCAUUGCCACAUUUUGCUGUGCCGAAUGUGAUUCAAUCCUAUGAGUACACGGACCAGCAGAAACCUGUGGAUGUUGUAUUUUACGACUUUAUUGAGCGCUACGUCUUGUGGGCACUUCAGAAAGCCUGCGAUGGAGACCACCUGCUCUACUACUCGCUGAUUCAGCAACUCACCUUUUACAACGAUUGCGAGGAAGAGUACAACGUUGGGGAGCUGCUUAAGAAAUACUCUCUGAAACAUUGGCAGUGA